AAUCGACACAUAGAUACCAAUAAUAUGUCGUUGAUGAAGGAAUAAGUAAUUUUAAUUACAUGGCUUUCUGAUUACAUUAUAUUCCCAAGACAUUUCCUAACUCCCAAUAGAUUAUUGGUAUUACUGGAUAGGUAGAUUGCUGGGAUUACUUGAUUAUUACAGAUACACAGAGAAUACAAUUGUAGGAGUUCUUUUAGAAAACAACGCAUGGUGGCGCUGCAGGCUAAGGCGUAGGAGAAAACCAAACCAAAAAAAAAAAAAAAAAAAAAAAAAAAGCCCAGGAAAUUCAACUGACUACCUCAGAUCUCUAGCGGAGGAGAGAAGCCUGUAAGCGGAGCUGAGGACCUUGAGUCUCCAGGUAAUGCAACUCACCGACAUUUCCGGACAGAUUACCGACUGGGACACUCAUCACUGUCUCAGUGCCAUUGUUCCCUAACGUAGAGCUGGGCCCGGUUCCUGGAAAGGUGCUUGUGGAAUAAAGAUGGAGGCCGGAGGGGAGUGCUUUCCUAAACAAAGGCAAGUCCUGAUUCUCUUUCUUUUGGUGGAAGUGGCUCUGGCUGGCUGGGAAUCCCAUCGCUAUUCCGUGGUGGAGGAAACCGAGAGCGGCACAUUUGUGACCAAUCUGGCCAAGGACCUGGGGCUGGGAGCGGGAGAGCUAGCUGCGCGGGGAGCCCGGGUGGUCACUGAGGAUAACGAACACCGAUUGCAGCUUGAUCUGCAGACUGGGGACUUGAUAUUAAAUGAGAAACUGGACCGGGAGGAGAUGUGUGGCCCCACCGAUCCAUGUGUAAUGCAUUUCCAAGUGUUACUGAAAAAACCUUUGGGAGUAUUUCGAGCUGAGCUACUGGUGAGAGACAUAAAUGAUCAUUCUCCUGAGUUUCCUGAAAGAGAAAUGACGCUGAAAAUCCUAGAGACUAGCCCUCCUGGAGCCGUGUUUCCUCUGAAAAAAGCCCAGGACUUGGACGUGGGCAAGAACAACAUCCAAAACUACAGCAUCAGCCCCAACUCUCAUUUCCAUAUUUCCAUCCGCAACCGGGGAGAUGGCAGGAAAUACCCAGAGCUGGUGCUGGACAAAGAGCUGGAUCGUGAGGAUCAGGCUGAGCUCAGACUAACUCUCACAGCGCUGGAUGGCGGUUCUCCACCCCGGUCCGGCACCGCCCAGGUCCACAUCUUGGUCUUGGACGUCAAUGACAAUGCCCCCGAGUUUGCACAGGCACUCUACCAAGUGCAGGUUCCAGAGAACAGCCCUGUAGGGUCCCUAGUUGUCAAGGUUUCUGCUAGAGAUGUAGACACUGGGACAAAUGGAGAGAUAUCAUACUCCCUUUCAUAUAGUUCUCAGGAGAUAAGCAAAACUUUUGAAGUGAACAGCCUUUCCGGAGAAGUUCGACUAAUCAAAACACUAGAUUUUGAGACAAUAUCCUCUUAUGAGCUGGAUAUAGAUGCCUCUGAUGGCGGGGGACUUUCUGGAAAAUGUUCAGUCUCCAUUGAGGUGGUGGAUGUUAACGAUAACUACCCAGAACUAACUAUUUCAUCACUUACCAGCCCCAUCCCUGAAAAUUCCCCAGAGAUAGAAGUGGCACUGUUUCGGAUUCGAGACCGAGACUCGGGAAACAAUGGAAGGAUGACUUGCUCCAUCCAAGAUAAUCUCCCCUUCCUCCUGAAACCAACGGAAGAGAAUUUCUACACCCUAGUUACAAAUGGGGCUCUGGACAGAGAGACCAGAACACAAUACAAUGUCACCAUCACGGUUACCGACUUGGGGACUCCCAGACUGGAAAUCCAGCACAACAUAACCGUGCUAGUCUCCGACGUCAACGACAACGCCCCCGCCUUCACCCAAACCUCCUACACCCUCUUCAUCCCAGAGAACAACAGCCCCGCCCUGCACGUAGGCAGCGUCAGCGCCACAGACAGAGACGCGGGCGCCAACGCCCAGGUCACCUACUCCCUGCUGUCGCCCCAGGACCCCAGCCUGCCCCUGGACUCGUUGGUAUCCAUCAACGCUGACAAUGGUCACCUGUUCGCCCUGAGGGCGUUGGAUUUCGAGGCCCUGCAGGCUUUCGAGUUCCUGGUGGGCGCCACAGACCGCGGGUCCCCAGAGCUGAGCAGCCAGGCGCUGGUGCGCGUGCAGGUGCUGGACGCCAAUGACAACGCGCCCUUCGUGCUGUACCCGCUGCAGAACGGCUCUGCGCCCUGCACCGAGCUGGUGCCCAGGGCGGCGGAGCCUGGCUACCUGGUGAGCAAGGUGGUGGCGGUGGACAGCGACUCGGGCCAGAACGCCUGGCUGUCUUACCAGCUGCUCAAGGCCACAGAGCCCGGGCUGUUCAGCGUGUGGGCGCACAAUGGCGAGGUGCGCACUGCGCGGCUGCUGAGCGAGCGCGACGCGGCCAAGCACAGGCUGCUGCUGCUGGUCAAGGACAAUGGCGAGCCUCCGCUGUCAGCCAGCGUCACGCUGCACGUGCUGCUGGUGGAUGGCUUCUCGCAGCCCUACCUCCCUCUGCCCGAAGUCGCGGCCGAGGCUGCCCAGACUGACCCGCUCACGGUCUACCUGGUCAUCGCGUUGGCGUCGGUGUCGUCGCUCUUCCUGUUCUCGGUGCUGGCGUUCAUCGCGGUGCGGCUGUGUAGGAGGAGCAGGUCUGGCUUGGUGGGUGGCUACUCGGUGCCUGAGGCCCACUUUCCGGGCCACCUUGUGGACGUCAGUGGCACCGGGACUUUGUCCCAGAGCUACCAGUAUGAGGUGUGUCUGACGGGAGACUCUGGGAGUAAUGAGUUCAAAUUCUUGAAGCCUAUCUUCCCCAAUAUUCUAGGCCAGGACAUUGGGAGGAAGUCGGAGGGAAAUCCAACAUUCCGUAAUAGUUUAGGAAUCUGAGAUUUCCCCACUUGCAGCAUUAGUGGUGUCUCCUUUUACUUUUCUUUAAAAUCCAUUAGUAGCCUUUCAUUUUACUUGCUUUUCCUUUUCUCUAUUAUUUUCCUUAGUAAAAUUGUUCUUUGUUUCAUUGUCUUAUAAUUAUUUUUCCAAUUAUUGUAUUAUUAGUGAAAAAUAUCAGAAAAUGUUAUAUUUAUGACUAAAUUUUUAGCACUAAAGGGUAAUAUGAAAGUGAACCUUUCAGAAAAAAACAUAAUUCUAAUUUUAAAAUUACUCACCUUACUAUAUGACACUACAUAUAAAUAUCUGAUUCCCUUCUACCAUACUUCAUUUUUAAAUUAUUAGAAGUUUUUUUAUUAGUUUUUAUUAUUUACACCACUAUGACUUGUUUUACAACCCUUUUUCUGUUUGGGGCAGAAUCAAUCUGUAUUCUCUCCAAUUUCUUUUGAGCUCUGUUUGCAUUUUUGUUUUAUCAAUAGGUAGUCGCAUUAUAAUUUUAUGCUGCUUAUAUCAAAAUCACACUUAUAAUUAUUAGAGUUUCACUCUAAAAUACAUACUAUCUUAUGAAAAUAUACCUUUGUUAUCUAUUUUAUUUUUUGAAUUUAUUGGGGUGACAUUGAUUAAUAAAAUUAUAUAGGUUUCAGGUAUUAUAGCUCUACAAUACAUCUGUAUAUUGUGUUGUUUACUACCCCAAGUCAAGGCUCCUUCUUUCUUAUCUAAUGUUGAAAAAACUCCUGAGUUCUUCCUCAUAUUUAACUGAUAAGCUAUGAUCCUGAUAAGAGUCCUGUGAAGUUUAUUGGUACCCAGAAUGACUGCGUUUAACUUGUUUCUAUGAACUCUAAAGGUCAAUAGACUCUAGGACCAGGUAAUGCAUUGCCUGAAAUUGUCUCUUGCUAUUGCAGAGAAAUUCUCAUGUGAGCUCCAAAUUCUGGGCCUAGAGGAGCUAUGGAUGGCAUAGGAGGCCUUGGACCAUGAUAUUGUUCUGGUUGAUAUGGAAUCUGAAAAAAUACAUAAAGGAAUUAAUAUUAAUUGAAGAUUAUUUAUUAAAGAUAUGUUAAGAGGAGUGAUGAAUGAUCUGAAGAAAUAAUCAGCUCCAUUGUCAGGACUCCUCUAUCUCCAGGAGCCUCUUAACUUUGCAGAUACUGUAUGGAAUGGUGUGGGGGGCAGAAUAAUGGCCCCCUUAAGACAUUCACCUCCUAUUCCCCGGAACCUGUGAAUAUUUUAUGUUAUAUUGCAAAAGGGGUGUCAGGUUCAGAUUGAAUUAAGGUUGCUAAUCACCUAACCUUAAAAUAUGGAAAACAUCCUAAAUGAUCUGGGUGGGCCUGAUUCAGUCAGUUGAAAGGAUUUAAAAGCAUAGCUGAGUCUUCCCUGAGAUUAAAAAAAAAAAAAGAAAAGAAAAGAAAGGAAAUUAUGACCAUGGACAGCAGCUGCAGCUUGUGCCCAGAGUUGCAGCCUGCUCUUUUUAUCACUUUCUUUUUCCAUUUUGGACUUGCCUAGUCAACUCUCACAAUUGAGUAAAUCACUUUCGUGCAAUAAAUCUCUUAAUAUGUAUCUCCUGCUGGUCCUGUUUCUCUGGUUGAACCCUGACUAAUAUGGAGUCGGUACCUGAAGUGGAGUGCUGCUGUAACGAAUAACUGAAAAUGUAGAAGUUGCUUUGGAAUUAGGCAGUGAACAGAGGCUGGAAAAUUUUUAAAGAGCAUGAUCAAAAAAGCUUGAAUUUGUUUGGACAGACUGUUAGUUUAAAUAUGGAUGUGAACAACUCUGAUAGCAAAGAUUCUGAAGAAAGUAAGGAGUAUGGUGGGGGAAACAUACUGCUUUACAGAAAUGAGGAAAAUGAUAUUGGAAGCUGGAGGAAAGGAAAUUCUUGUUAUGUAGUGGCAGAAAACUUAUGAAUUGUGUCCUUCAGUGGAAAUGUGCAAAGAAGGACUUGUGAACAAUGAACUUGGAUAUUUUGAGAGAAGCUUUCCAGGCUAGGGCUGAAGUUGCAGCCUGGUUUCUUCUUGCUGCUUUUAGUAAAAAGUGAGAGAAUGAGAUAGUGUGAGGGAAGGAUUUGUAAGCAAAGAGGAACCAGAAUUUAAUGGUUUGGGGAAUUUAUGGCCUAUUUAAAUUGUGGAAGAUGCUAAAACGAGGAGAUUCAUGAUCAGGAAAGCAUGUUCUGGUG